AUGCGUCCCUCGUUCUCCGCCCUCGUUCUCACUUCCCUCGUCAGCCUCGCCCAGGCUCAAAGCUCGACACGGGUGGAAGUCUUCCCCACGACCAAUAUGGCGACCAAUUUACCCACGUCGGCGUUUGGAACGGGCUUCGAGCAAUGGUCUGGUUCUGCCAUGCCGACGGGUACGGCUGCGAAUGGGUCUUCGCAUGGAUCGUCGUGGGCUAGCCAGAGUGUGAAAGCGAGCAGCACGGGAGCGAUGGUGGAGAGUACGGGAGAGGCUGUGGCGAUGGGAGUGGGGUACAAGGGGAUGGUUGUGGGAGGGGUGCUUGGAGCUGUGGGAGGACUGUUUCUUUGA